AUGACUUCGGUCCAAGAUGAUGCUCAAACUCCUGUGUCUGUUCCUACAGCGCAAGUCGAAAAUUCAAGCAAUGAGCAGAAUCAGAAUCCAAACGAAGAAACUGAUUCAUCUGAACCUCAUUCCCUGCUAUCGAUGUCUCAGAAACGAAGAAAAAUGGAUAAGAUGACACCACUCCGGUUCCACGCCGUCUGUGGCGACAACGUCCUGCUAAACAGAACUUGUGUCACUGCUUGUCGAGAUGAAUCUAACAACACAAGCGCAUACGUCUUCACUGAAAGAGCGAUCAAGAAUAAUGAGAAAGUAUGGAUCAGGAUUAUGGAAGUUGUUCCACCGGCUGAUGGGAGUUUAACUGUAGGCGUUACCACCUUUGACCCAGCUACUCUUCCCUUGUCUGAAAUGCCAGAGGACUUGACAAAAUUGGUAAUGAAACCGGGAUACUGGAACUUCAAAUUAGAUGCUGCCAACAAACUGAACAACAAAAGUAUUCUGGCGUUUUGGAUCGACGAGUCAGAUCAAAUCUGGUGUGAUAAUAUCGACUUUUCAAAACCUCAGAUGUGUUUUCAAAUGGAUAGAAAGUCAGAAGACGUCUAUAUGUUUUUUGACAUGAGUGGAUCCACAAAGCUUAUUAGAGUGCUCGGAGUCUCAAAAGUGCGCAUCAAGCCGGCCGACGGGGGAACCGUCAGAAGAAACUCUUCAACCAAUGCUCUUGCUACAAGAAAUCGAAUCGAAACAGUGGAGAUCAGAAAAUCUAUUCAGCCAUCUACUUCUGAAAAGGCGGAAGCCAAGUCACUGGUUGAGACCGCCAAUGUGAUGACCACUGACUUGUCUUUAGGAAACAAGACAGUCCCACAAGUGCCUGACCCGAAGAAUAUGACUGUGUUGACUUCUACUACCAAGCUUGCUGUCAUCAAAACCGUCGGAAGUUUGAAUAAUGGUUGCAACGUAAUGUCCUGUAGAAUCAGAAAGUAUUAUCAACGUGCAGAGGAACGUGGAACUCUCGACAAAUUCUAUUCUGCUGUGCUUGAGAAAUCUUCUAAUGGAAGUUCGCCAACCAGCACAGUAGUAAAAAGUGAAUCAGCCAACCCAUUAUCGCAGAAUCUGACGAUGAACCAAGUAACGUGCACUAGCGGAACCUUCAUGACCACAACGACUAGCCGACAAAGUCCGCCUGCCAAACAGACUAUGGUACAUGGCUGCAUUGGAAUGUCUCGUAAAAUCAGAAAAUAUCAUGAACAAAUUGGCAUUCGCGGAAUUCUCGACAAGUUCUACUCCGCUGUGAUCGAGGAAAUUGCCACCGAGUGCUCUUCUGUCAGCAAUGAAGCCAAAACCCAAAUGGUAGAGCCAGUUCCCGUAGCGUCUUACAUGAAAAACGGAACUCCAGCAGUUGAGAACACCGUUUUCCAGAAUUUGACGGCGAAACAAGUAGAGGAGACACUCAAUACAACCAUGAUUAUUCAAGAAAAUGCGCGAGUUGUUCGGAACCCGGUUAAUGGUUGGAUUGGAGUUCCUCGCAGAAUGCGAAAAUACCUUAAACGAACUGAUAUCCGCGGAACUCUUGACAAAUUCUAUUCCACUAUGCUUGAAGAAACGGAACCUGACGCUCAAAUCUAA